CGGAUUUCCGGACAUCUUCCUUUGACAAGAUGGCGGCGCGGAGUAGAGGUGGUGGUGGCGGGAAGUCUUCGAAAACCGAUGGCGAUUCUGGCUUUCUGGGGCUGCGGCCCACUUCGGUGGACCCGGCGCUGAGGCGGCGGCGGCGAGGCCCGAGAAAUAAGAAGCGGGGCUGGCGGCGAUUGGCGCAGGAGCCGCUGGGGCUGGAGGUGGACCAGUUUCUGGAGGACGUGCGGCUGCAGGAGCGCACGAGCGGGGGUUUGUUGUCCGAGGCCCCGGAUGACCGUCUCUUCUUCGUGGACACGGGCUUCAAGGAAAAGGCACUGAAGAGGAAGCCGAGCAGGCUCCAGAGGAAGUCACUGCUGCUCAAGAAGCCCCUCCGGGUCGACCUCGUCCUUGAGAACACGUCCAAGGUCCCCGCCCCCAAAGAUGUCCUCGCCCACCAGGUGCCCAACGCCAAGAAGCUCAGGCGGAAGGAGCAGCUGUGGGAGAAGCUGGCGGCGCAGGGGGAGUUGCCACGGGAGGUGCGCAAGGCGCAGGCCCGCGCCCUCCGCCCGCCCGCGGCCAAGGCCCAGCCGGGGCCUCAGGACACCGCGGAGCGGCCUUUCUACGACCUCUGGGCCGCCGACAACCCCCUGGACAGGCCCCUGGUUGGCCAGGACCCGUUUUUCCUGGAGCAGACCAAGAAGAAAGGCGUGAAGCGGCCGCCACGCCUCCACGUGAGGCCCUCCCAGGUACCUGCUGUGGAGGUGACGCCUGCGGGAGCCUCGUACAACCCCACCUUCGAGGACCACCAGAGCCUGCUCCUGGCUGCCCACGAGGUGGAGCUGCAGCGGCAGCGGGAGGCGGAGAAGCUGGAGCGGCAGCUGGCCCUGCCCAGCGCGGAGCAGGCCGCCACGCAGGAGUCUGUGUUCCGGGAGAUGUGCGAGGGGCUGCUGGAGGAGUCGGACGAGGAGGGGGAGCCGGGCCAGGGCGAGGGGCCUGAGGCGGGGGCCGCCGAGGCCUCGCCCACCCCUGCCCGCCCGGCCGGUGCCGAGAAGAAGACGGAGCAGCAGCGGCGGCGGGAGAAGGCGGCCCGCACGCAGCGAGUGCAGCAGGCUGCGCUGCGGGCCGCCCGGCUGCGGCACCAGGAGCUCUUCCGGCUGCGUGGGAUCAAGGCGCAGGUGGCGCGGCGGCUGGCGGAGCUGGCGAGGCGGCGUGAGCUGCGGAGGGCGCGGCGGCUGGCUGAGGCCCACAAGCCCCGCAGGCUGGGGCGGCUCAAGUACCAGCCUCCCGACAUCGACGUGCAGCUCAGCUCGGAGCUGUCCGACUCGCUCAGGACGCUGAAGCCCGAGGGCAACAUCCUGCGGGACCGCUUCAAGAGCUUCCAGAGGAGGAACAUGAUCGAGCCCCGGGAGCGCGCCAAGUUCAAGCGCAAGUACAAAGUGAAGCUGGUGGAGAAGCGGGCGUUCCGCGAGAUCCAGUUGUAGCUGAGCGACGCCGGGCUGCCACCCCCAAUAAAGCACCUGUGAUCGGCCGCUCGGGCUGCACGUCUGGCUCGUCUCCCCUUCCCCCACCCCGAGGUCGGGGAGGCCGCGAGGGGCCGGGCAGGCAGGGGGCUUCCACCCGUCCCAGGCCCAGUGUGGGUGCAUGGAGUGGCCGUGCCUGGUGCCCUCGGCCCCAUCCUGAGUGUGGCCCUGCAGGUGUGGGAACGGCCAUGGUGUGUGUGUGUUGGUGUGGACGGCAGGCGGCAGCCAGAGCCCGGGGGAAGCCGGUGCGCGUGCAGAGCCCGGAGUGCAGCCCCCUCACAGGGGCAGGGACGAGGCGCGUGCCCGGGCCGCCGGGAGCUCAGUGCGAGGUGGGGCCCAGUCCGUGGGGGGGGGGGGCAGGAAGCUGACUGGCAGCACUAGCAUUCGGGAAGUUCCCGCGCUGUUGGGUGAAAGGUUGGCUCCCUGGGGUGUUGGCGGAGCUGACUUGAGUCUGGCUUCGUGGUUUGGCUAGAAGAGGUCCCUCCAAGGCUUCCAGGACGCAGACUCCAGGCGUGCCUCUGACCGCACAGCGUGUGGGGCGGGGGCAGCAGCUCGGGGCCGUGAGGAGCCUGGGACGCCUGCGCCCCGAGUCAGCGCCGGGUUUUGGGUCCCGGCUCGGCUUCCCAUGCCGCUGCUCGCUCCUGGCACCCUGGGAGGUAGCAGCCGAGGGCUCAGGCACCCAGGUUCCUGCCCGCCAUGUGGGAGGCCCCGUUUGAGUUCGUGGCCCCUGGUUGCUGGGGGAGGGCCCCCCCGAGCAAGAGAUGUCUGUCUGUCUCCCUGUCCCAUUAAAGCAGUGAGCGUCCCA